CUUUCCUUCGUUCCUCACAACUUUCCUAGCCUGCCUUCCCCUUUUUCACUGCAGAAGCCGUUCUUUGUUCUCAAGAAAUUCGCUUUGUUUAGAUCUAAAACUGAAGAAUUCAUUUAGUUGGUUUAGGAGUAAGAUGGCAUCCAGACUCUUCCGCUGCGCCAAUACGAGUGAAAAAGGAGGCUAAUGAUGUAACAAAAGAAAUGCUAGCUAAACACUCCCAAUGGAUCGAACCGUCACUGCUCAGAUGAAGAAAUUAAUCAGCGGGGAACAUACUCAAGCUCCGCGUUGGACCAGGGAGACUGCAAAUUUUAUACACACACACGAUUCCUCUCAACACAACAAGCCGAUCCGCAGUGAGCAUGGACAGAAGUUUUUGGCUAAAGAUGUAUUUCUAAGCCACAGCAGUAAGCAGAAAUAUUUUGUUAGGCAGCUAUACAGAGACCUAACAAACCAAGGCGUGUCCUGCUUCUUUGAUGAGAAUCGUGAAUGUUUACCAGUGGGAGAAGAUUCCAUAGUUGAAGCCAUUACGACAUGCAAAGCAGCAGUGUUGCUUCUCUCUAAGGAUUUCCUCGAAGAAAAGUGGCUAAUGCUUCAACUCUCUGCUUUUGUGGAAGCGAGAGACAUAAUCCGUACAAAUCCCAAUCUCAAAAUUUUACCCUUCUUCUUCCUGAUUUCACCGGAUGAUCUUAAAAACAUUAAGCCAUACAACAAAAUGUGGAAACAGCUGAGUAUAUGCAAGCAAACGCGAGCCAAAUGGCACCACGCUUUGAAUGCAUUACGGCCAAGCAAUGGGUUGAAGUUCAGUGAAGGUGAUGAUGAAGUGAAAUUCAGAGAUGAAAUUGUGAAAGAAAUCUGGCAUAUACUAUUAAAAUGCUCGCCAAGUUAUAAUAUCCCUUGUAAGCAAGGACAAGUGCGAAUGUGUUAGGUAGUUACAGAUUUCUUCGAUACUCUUCAACCCAAUUUAUUGCGUGACGACCCCACUCAAACGAAGAAAUUAAGCAGCGGUGAAUGUUCUCAAGCUUCAAAUUUAUGCUCAAAAGAUUCUUCGCAUCCCAACAAACCGAUCCGCAGUGACCGUGGACAGAAGUUUUUGGCUAAAGAUGUAUUUCUGAGUCACAGCAGUAAGCAGAAAAAAUUGGUUAGGCAGCUAUUCAGAGACCUGACAAACCAAGGCGUGUCCUGCUUCUUUGAUGAAUAUAAUGAAAGUUUGCCGGUGGGAGAAGAUUUCCCCUGUCGUAUAGUCGAAGCUGCUAAGAGAUGCAAAGCAGCAAUUUUGCUUCUCUCGAAGGAUUUCCUCGAAACAAAGUGGGCAAUGCAGGAACUCUCGGCUUUCAUGGACGCUAGAUACAUAAUCCGUUCAAAUCCCAAUCUCAGAAUUUUACCCUUGUUCUUCCUAAUUUCACCGGAUGAUAUUAAAAAUAUUACGCCAUACAACAAAAAGUGGAAACAGUUAGGGAUAUGCAAGCAAACGCGAGCCAAAUGGCACCAUGCUUUGAAUGCAUUAGGGCCAAAUCAUGGGUUGAAGUUUGCCGAAGGUGAUGAUGAAGUGAAGUUUAGAGAUGAAAUUGUGAAAAAAAUCCGGCAUAUUCUUCCAAAACCUUCACCAAAAUAUCGUAUCCCUUGUAUGCAAGGACAAAUACAAAUGUGUCAGGAGGUUGCAGAUUUCUUCAACACUGUACAGCCUGAAUUAUUGUGUGACGACACCAGUCGACAGAAGAAUUUAUGCAGCGGAGGAAAUCCUCAAGCUCCACGUUCAAACGGGCGGACUAAAAAUUUACGCACAAACGAUUCCUCCCGCCCCAACAAACCGAUCUGCAGUGACCACGGACAGAAGAUUUUGGCUAAAGAUGUAUUUCUUAGUCACAGCGGUAAGCAGAAAAAUUUUGUUAGGCAACUCUACAAAGACCUGAUAAACCAAGGCGUGUCUUGCUUCUUUGAUGAAGAUAGUGAGAGUUUGCCAGUGGGAGAAGAUUUCCCCUCUCGUAUAUUUGAAGCCGCUAAGACAUGCAAAGCGGCAAUUUUGCUUCUCUCAAGGGAUUUCCUCGAAACGAAGUGGCCAAUGCAGGAACUCUUAGCUUUCGUGGAGGCUAGAGACAUAAUCCGUACAAAUCCCACUCUCAAAAUUUUACCCCUGUUCUUUCUGAUUUCACCUGAUGUUCUUAAAAAUAUCACGCCAGACAACGAAAAGUGGAAACAGUUGGGGAUAUCUGGCGAAAAGCGAGCUGAAUGGCACCACGCUUUGAAUGCAGUACGGAGAAAUAAUGGGUUGAAGUUCAGUGAAGGUGGUGAUGAAGUGAAGUUCAGAGAUGAAAUUGUGAAAGAAAUCUGGAAUUUACUUCCUACACCCUCACCAAGGUAUCAUGUCCCUUGUAUGCAAGGAGAAGAACGAAUGUGUCAGGAGGUUGCAGAUUUCUUCGACACUGUUCUUCCCAAUGAAAAGGGAAUCCGUAUCGCAGGAUUGUAUGGAAUACCAGGCCACGGGAAAACCACACUUGGCAAGGCUUUCUGCAACUUCAAAUUGGGGGAUUUUGAAGGCAAAGUAUGUUAUCUGGAAUUUUCUAGAGGUGAUGCUUUCGAAAGAAUAAAAGUUGCUCUGCAGUAUCUUACUCACUGCCCUCCAUCGCAUCUCCAAACAAUAACAAGCCAAGAUCAGGCACAAGCUGAGUUGUAUAAAAGAGGGAAGAGCCAAAGGGUAUUGCUGGUUCUCGACAAUAUCUCAUAUGAAAGCAUAGACGAAGUGAACUAUUAUGUUGAAGCAGGCUUCAGGGAAAAUAGCUGCAUCCUUUUGACCGCAAGAAGCGUAGAUGUUUUAAUAAAGCAUUUCAAAAUUGAGUUGCAGUCAUGCAUGCGCGUCCCAAGCCUUGAAGAGGACGAGGCCAUACGCAUAUUAUUAGAAAGGACAUCUAUAGAAGAGUCCACAUUGAAGGCAACAGACAGAGCUUUUGCUGCCAAGUGUGCAAAAAGAUGUUCGUUCAAAGAGGUCGGUUGGAGAGGUCGAACAUUUCAUCCCUUAGCCUUAAAAGCUUUUGGCGGCCACCUAUUCAGUAAAUACGGUUCGCAAUUGUCAAAGUGGGUCGCUGAGAUAAAAAGUUUGGAAGACCGAUCCGGUUAUGGUUUGAAUGACUUGUUGGCUGUACUGGGCAAAGGUUUUGAUGACAUGUGUCCCGAAUAUCGAACCAUAUUCUUGCUUCUCACCGUGUAUAUGCUGCCCAAUAUGUCACCCCACAAAGUUACUGAGUGGCUGGCAAUAAAUUGCAACAAAGAGAUCUUGUUUAUUCAGAAGGCAGUUGAGGAUCUAUGUAAAAUGUCUUUUAUUGAAGAAUUUGGACCUGAAAUUCACAUACAUGACCUAUAUAUUGAAUUCGCUGAAAGCAAAGCAAAUGAAAUGGGGAGAUGGCUGUGGUGGAAGGGCGACCCACGUAGUACACGUGGGUUAAUAUCAUCAGAAGGCACGGGGUUUGAAUUGGCUAAGUUGGAGAAGUGCAUGCAUCGAAGACCGUCCCAGAUUGCUCCCCAGGACCUUCAAAAUCUAUUGCUGCUUCAGCUGGUAGAUGUGAAGAAUAUGAGCAAGCUUGACUUGAGCAGGAUGGGCCGUCUCAGAAACAUCACAUUACACAAAUGCAAAGACCUCACAACAAUUGAAGGUAUGGGAAAUCUGCAACAGCUAGCGUGGCUUCAGAUAAGCAAUGUAAGUCCAAUGUUUAAACUUCCUGAGCUAAGCAACCUCGAAGGUUUACAACAUAUUGAGAUUGACAUUGGUAUCAGCCAGGUGCUCAAUCAGCUGGGAGAUCUUACCGGUUGUGUUUCUAUGAGAGAAAUUAACAUUUGUUGUCCAUCUCUCUUGGAGUUCCCAAGGUUAAAUGGUUUGCCGCAUUUGGAGAAAGUGGAAUUUAGAGGAUGCGAUAAAGUGAAGGGCCCCCUCGACUGUAGAGGAUGCAUGGAGCUUCAAAGUGUUGUCCUCGAUAGUUGCCUGCAGAUGGAUUCCUCACCGCUCCUCGUUGGAUGUAAGAAACUCUCCAAAAUUGUAUUGUGGGGAUGUGAUGUGACGGCAUGUCCAGAAAUAGAUGUCCCAAGUGCUUUAAAGACAAUGAAGUUGUUAGUUUCAUCAGAAGCUGCCUCGGCGCCCAAAAGUUUAGAGUCUUGUUACGGAUUGAAAAAUCUUCGACUAUGGAAUAUGGAGUCUCUGAAGAAGCUUCCAAGUUUCAGACUUUUAUCAGAUUUGACUGUGCUGGAACUUUGUAAUUGUGGUAUAAGGAAGCCACCAGAUCUUAGAUCUUGUGUUUCGUUGAAGGAUGUUUCUUUUUUCAAACUAAUAUAUUUGGAAAGGUUUCCCAGCUUCUCCGGAUUGACUAAGUUAAAGAACUUACGUUUGCAUGAUUGCUGGAGCGUUCAAGAUCCUCCUGAUAUUAGUGGCUGCCAUCAAUUACAAGUAUUCCAUCUCGUCUUUAACGAUGAUAUGAAAGGACUUCCAAACAUGGGGGAGUUCCCAAAAUUAGAGAAAAUCAAACUGAGUUGGCAUUCUAAGUACGAGGUUACUUAUCACAGAAAGUAUUCUCACCCUUUUGAAGAUCCGAGUUUCAAAAACGAAAGCUUCCAGAACUUAAGUGAUGCGGAUAUGUCUCUGCAAAGACUUGAAUUCAAUGUGGAAAUUGUUCCGCAAAGUCUUGAAGGGGAAACGGUUCCGUAUGGUCUUGAAUUUGAUGGAGAUCUUCAAUCUUUUGCAGAAAUGGUUUCGCAAAGGGAACAUUUUCCGUUGAGUCUUGAAUUUAACAAGGAUCUUCAAUUUGUCUGGAGCACUAUAGAGAAGAAACCUUUAUGUGAACAUGGUUCCGCAAAAUCUUGAAUUCGAUGAACAUGUUUGGAAUAUGCAAUUGCUUACAAAUUAGUAAAUGAUUGUUUAGAUGUUUGUAGAAAUAGGAAAAGUAUUUAUUAUUGUAAUGCUUUUAUUAUCAUAUCAUGCGAUCAAAUGAUCUAAUGAUCAAGGAAUAUAGAAAUGGUUGAAUAUUGAA